ACGACCCUCAACCUGUCAGCGUUUUGCGAAUGUCAGAUGUGCGUAUGUUUGGGGACAGCGAGACACAGCAGGAUAAGCGCACGUUGAUCCGAGAAAGAAAAACGUCUUUUUGAUAAAUGGCUACAAUGUUACUUCUCAUUAACUAACAUUGUCGUCUUAUUUCCAUUUCUGGAGUAGUUUGAAAUCACGGGUUUGCCGCUAAAGAUCUCCAGCCUGCAGUAAGACAUGUCGUUGACAGAGCCAGCAGAGUUGCUGCUGAUAAGGGACCAGUAUGACCGUGCAUUGGAGUGUCUGACCAGGGGCCUGGCGGCUGACCAGGCAGGGCAGGGGCCCCAGGCCCUGGAGCUGUACAGGAGGGGCCGGCAGCACCUAACCCUGGGCCUGGAGGUCCCUACCAGGGAGCCACAGAACCAGGGAGCCCCCUGGGACACGGCCAGGCAGUUGCAGCAGAAGAUGAGGGAGACUCUAACUAACAUCAGCACCCGACUAGCAAACAUGGAGACAGCAGGGGUGGGGACGGCGGGCCAGGGAGGCCCAGCGUUGGUGGAUCUAGUGGAUCUCUCUUCCCAGUGCCUCUACCCCACCCUGGGGCCAUUGGUGCCGCUGCCUGGUUCCUCCAACCCCCAUCUCUACCCCACACUGCCACCCGGGGCUACCCCAACAGACAGCCUCUCUGCCGGGGCUACAUGCAUCACCAUGGCCCCCUCCCUGCCCAUCCUCCCUGCCCUGUCCCUGGGGCUCCCAGGAGAGCAGCCCCCAGCCUACACCCCCCGGCCCACCGACGGGCACCACAGCCUGGCUUAUAGCCCAGCCGGAGGAGGGGGUCUGGGGCUGGGGGGGCAGAUGGUGGGGGGACCUCCACAGCCCGAGGGAGGGGUAGGGGGGGACGGAGAGGAGCUUUUGUUCCUCCCUCGGGGGGUGCAGAUGUUUUUCGUGUCGUCAGAUGGCCAGGUGAGCGCCCCAUCGUACCCGGGUUAUCUACACAUCAUCAGGUUCAGCAGCCAGCUCAAAGACAACGGAGGAGCAUCAGCCUUCCUACACGUGAGGAAACCACGUGUGUGUGACUGGCUGUACCCCCUGACUCCAGACACCCCAGUGCUUCUGUCUACCUCUGGGAUCUUUAUGUUUCCUGACACCAUGGCGGGGAUACCCGGGUCCUACGUAGGGGUUGUGCUGUCCUCUGAACUGCCUGCAGCAGACGGACAUGCCUUUCAGGACCUCCUCUCACAACUCACUGAGCUACGGGUACAGGCUCCAGAGGAGGGGGCAGGUUCAGAGAUCAUGAACCUGAGUGAGAAGGUUCCCAUUGGUCCCCCUGUGGAGGGGGCGGGAGCAGGGACAGGGGAAGAAGAACUCCCCCUACCUGAAUGGAGCGAGAAGAUGUCCCAAGGCAUCCUGGCAGGUGCAUCGUGGCUGAGUAAAGGGUUUGUGCGUGGAGCGGAGGCCACAGGUAAGGCCAUCCAGAAAGGAGCGUCUAAGCUGAGAGAACACAUCACCCCAGAGAACGUCCCGGCUGAGGUCAGCCCUGGUGUUACCAAGGGCCUGCACCACGCUAAACAGGCCACCGGGGGCGCUGUUCGCGUCAGUCAGUUCCUGGUGGACGGAGUGUGUACCGUAGUAGGCUGUGUGGGGGAGAAGCUGGCUCCGCAUGUAAAGAAACAUGGCAGUAAACUUAUCCCUGAGUCCAUGAAGAACACUAAAGAUGGCCGCUCCAACCUGGAUGGCGCUAUGGUGGUGGCAGUCAGCAGCAUAAAGGGUCUCUCCGCUAUGUGGACUGGUUUGGAAACUGGAGCUAAGAACAUCUGCAAGAGUGUCACUUCUGAGACGGUCAUGACCGUGAAGCAUAAGUAUGGCGAUGACGUGAGCAAAGCCACAAACACGGGCAUCCAAUCAGUGAUCAACGUGGGCGUGGCCGCGUUCAACGUGGACAACUUGGGUAUCAAGGGUGUCCUGAAGACUGCCGGAAAACAGACCGCUAAAGCUGUGGUCAAAGAGCGAAACAAUACCCCGCAGGUCGCAGUCGGAGACCACAACCACAACGGAGGACCAGAGGAGAAAGAGAUGUGGGAGAGGAAGAAGGAUGAGGAAGACAAGAAAUAGAUGUCAUACUCAUUUAUGUGGCUCUUGUCUAUUUGGCCCCUAUACAUUUUAGCCCCGAUAUCUUUAAGCUGUGUUCAUAGGCCCCUAUAUCUUAAGAACCACUCUGUGUGCUAAUAGGCCGCUAUAUAUUUUAUCCCCUCUCUGUGUUCAUAGGCCCCUAUAUAUUUUGGCCCCUCGGUGUGUCAAUAGGCCCUAUAUCUUUAGGCCCCUCUCUGUGUUCAUAGGCCCCUAUGUUUUAUAAGCCCCUCUGUGUCAAUAGGCUGUGAUAUAUUUUAUCCCCUCUCUGUGCUAAUAGACUCAUAUAUUUUGGCCCUCUGUGCUAAUAGACUCAUAUCUUUUGGCCCCUCUCUGUGCUAAUAGACUCAUAUCUUUUGGCCCCUCUCUGUGCUAAUAGACUCAUAUAUUUUAGCCCUCUCUGUGUUCAUAGACUCAUAUCUUUUGACCCUCUCUGUGCUAAUAGACUCAUAUCUUUUGACCCCUCUGUGCUAAUAGAGUCAUAUCUUUUGGCCCUCUCUGUGUUCAUAGACUCAUAUCUUUUGGCCCCUCUGUGCUAAUAGACUCAUAUCUUUUGGCCCUCUCUGUGUUCAUAGACUCAUAUCUUUUGGCCCCUCUCUGUGUUCAUAGACUCAUAUCUUUUGGCCCUCCCUGUGUUCAUAGAUCUGAAUGGGGUAAAUGCUGUACAUGUAAGAAUCAUGGUGAUAGCUCUUCACUGCCUCCAGUUUGCAAAAAGGAGCUUGCAUCAUAUUGUUUUUAAAUCUCUCCAGACCUUUCGCUGUAGGUUGAAGUUGCCCCUAAAAGCUGAUCUUGGGUGCUGUUUUGUACCCCCCCCCCCACCUGUCCAUUAUGUUCCAUCUCACCUUACUGUAUGUAGACUACUUAACUGUUCAUUCCUCUGAAUGUUGGAGCCAUAUUAAAUGAAGGAUAUAUUUCAUAGAAUGUGUAAUAUAUAACAUAUUUGUAUCUGUGACAAAAUAUACCAAUAUAUCAAUGACACUGUUGUUGAUUUUCUCUGUG